AACUAGCUUGCAUAGAGACGCCUUGUGGUCAGACAUCAGAAAAACGUUCGAGUGAUUGAUGCAGGAUAUCAUCCUCAACGAGACCACUGAUGGAGAACGUAGCAGCAUACGAUCGUCAGAAGAAGGUGCUAGUGGAUCUCCAGGUGGAUUUGACCACGAAAGGCUUCGCCUUUUACAAAAAAUAGAUCUUGCAAGGGAGCGCCUAAAGGUCACCAGUUUGGAGAGAGAACGUGAUGUUGAAGAGUUCCUUAUGAUGACUCAUGGCUCAGAAUGUCAAAAGGGUGCCGACAACCCUCAAAUGGCUCGUCUCAAACAGCAUUUUGAGAAGAAAAAUAAACGACACACUAGCGAAUUAGAACACCUUCAAAGGAAAUUGGCGAAUUAUGAACAACGUUUAGCAGAGAUUGAAAAUGGGUUGGGCGACCCAGGGAAUCGUGCUACGGUGAUCUCUACGGUCGGCCAGGGUAUCAGAAGAACAGGUGCUAAUCUGAAAGGAAUGACGGAAACGGUCAUCGCUGCUCCGCUCGAGUUAGCCCAACGGAUCAAGAGCACAUUUGGUUCCGCUGAUAAUGUUAAUGAACCUGGAGAAGGUGCAACUUCGGACUUGCGCAUUGGGCAUUCAAAAUUCUACGCUAGUUCUGACUAUGGAAGCCCCAGAGAAGCUACGACUAGCAGAUAUAAUUCGAGGAAGUCUGAUUCCCUCCCUGCUCAUGCAUCGCUAAUAAAAGUAACCACUCCUGCUAAAGGUCACGUCAUUGAUGGGGAUGCGUCAGUCGCUGCUGACGAUUCCGUAUUAGCAAAAGCGGAUGGAGUUGAAGCGGCUAAUGACUCCGUACUUCUCUCACCGUUCGCGCUUUCGGGAGACUCUUCAGAAUUAUCUCCGCAGGUUCUGGAAGACCUUAGAGGUUUGCGGUAUCUUAUGACCAAAAUGGGAGACCAGAUUAAUCGGAUCGAGACUCGGUUGGACUCAGAGUUGGCAUACGUGACCCGAGCACUGGAAGAGGAACGCGGGAAGUACAUGAAAUUGGAAACCACUAUGAACGAAACGAUUGAGCUGCACCAAGCCGAAUUCCAGGCUUUGAAACAAGAGCAGAAAGGCAUUGCAAAUCGACUUGACUAUCAAUACAACGACCGUUUUAAACGUGUGGAGGAAAGUGUGGAAUCUGUACAGAACCAUAUGGUUCGCAUGGAGAAUUCAAUAAAAGACACAUUAGACAUACGCUUGUCGGGUCCCGCUUGGGGAAAUGCAGUUUUUCUUUCAAGCGCAAACAUUGUGGUGGAGUUCCUGAAAAUAGUUUUAUAUCUUGUGGCAACGGUUCUUGACCUUUUCCUACCGUAUUUUGGAUCACGGAACAAAGCGGGUGUCUUUGUAUGUUGUCUCAUUGCUGUACUCGUGGUUUUCCAAAACCUCCAUGGUUACCAGUUCAUUUAUGAUCUUUUCACGCGCACGAAGAAUUCGACGCUGGAAUAACCCCUUUUGAACGACACUUAGUUGUUCAUAACCACACGAACAUGCAUGCUGGUUCAUUCAUAACGUGCACUCUCCUCAAUAUUCCUUCUGUUUUUCUCAGGAUACAGAUAUUGCGGUAGCUUCAAAGUAGAUGCGGCUCGUAUUCUCUAUUUAUUAUUGCACAAAUUUUGCUUCACCGGUACUUCGAAGUUCUUUCAACCUACAUCCAAAUAUUGCUAACAAUAAGUAGUCGUCGAUGUGGCAAAAUAUCUUUGCUUUGAAGCACUUAAUGGUUUUAUCGAAUGUUGCAAUGUCUUAUUGUCAAUGUUAAUACCUCUACUUAGUCAUUAUAAUAAGUUUGCCUCUAUAAUAUCUUGUACGUAAUGUUUAUGAAGCUUCAGUUGGCUUCUUUAUUCUCGUCAUAUUAGGCCCAACCAUUCAUAUGUACCCUGUCAAGUUGCUUGCCGGUCAAUAGUGCUAAAAUUUACGCUGAAGUUGUGAGUUGCCAUUGUAGGUGUGUAAUAAUCUAAUACGGCUUGUACAUGUAAUCGUCCUCUAGGUUUUCUGCUAGUUUUAUCAGAAAUAAAUUAUUCAAGCUUCAC